AUGGAUAAGAUGAGAAUAAAGCGAACUUUCAAUCUUUCCUUUCUGGUUUUAUUACUGUUCCAUGAUGUGAUCAAUGGAUACCAUUUUCGUGGCGGUAUUAUUUCAUGGCGCCCCUUGAAUGCUACGGCAUUCGGUACUACUGCUGACAUCCUCAUACAUCAACGAUAUUUUUGGUGGCGACAAUGGGGCAGUUUCGGUGGUUAUCGAUGUACAGAAGCAGAUGUUAAUAGUGGAACCCUCAUUCCAGUUAAUGAAGCCAUGAUAUGUUUAGUGAACUGCACCAGUUCGAAUUAUCCCGGCGGUGGCCUUUCAACUAGGAUGAUAACUACAGAUUGUCAACAAAGUUCAAAAAUUGAUUCAUGGGCCGGUGAAAAGUAUGAUACAUUAUCAUUGCUUUUAACAACAUCAAUUACAAUUGGUUACCAGUCCAGUGCAUGGAUGUCUGCUCUUUUUAAAGGCGGCAUCGGAGAUUGGUCUAUUGUUAACCGGCUGAAUUUGGGCUUAAGACCUGAUGGUUAUAUCAACAGUAGUCCUGUCACAAAUACACUACCUACAAUNGAAACUGUUGAAGAUUGGACUUCUCGUUUGCCGAUGAUUCUUGAAAAUUAUGAUCUACACGAUGUAUACAAUUGUGAUGAAACAGGAUUAUUCUUUAAACUCUUGUCUGAUCGUACAUUUAUUUUAAAAACAUAUGAUUGCAAAGGCGGUAAACGUGCCAAAGAUCGAUAUAUUGUCCUUCUGUGCACAAACUGGAAAGAUGCGAUGUGGUGGAUUGAUGUUGCAUGGAAGGCGGUAACUGAAUCAACAAUUCAAAAUACCUUCAAAGCAGCUGGCUUUCCAACUUCUAGUUCGUCUUUCUGUACAUUAUCGACAACGACAACGAACAGUAAAGAUGUUGCAUCAGGUGAUAGAAGCUUGAUUGAACUCAACAAAAUCCUAAGACAUGUUAAUGUUGGGAUCGAUACGAUGUGUGCAGCAGAUUUUGUGAGUAUUGAUGAUGACACACCAGCUUUUAAUGUUUGGAGUGAUGGUGCUGAGAAAGUGUUAGUUUCUGAUGGGCUUUCAAAUGAAGAUGUAGAUCCAGAUGAAGUUAAUGUUGUUGAAGAACCACCGCCAUUGACUGAAGCUGUUCAAAUGGUGCGUCGUUUACGCCUAUUCACUACAACUAAUCACCCUGAACUGCAUCCUUUCAUUCUUCAAUUUCAAUCGAAACUAAUCAAAAUUUGUCUUGAUGGAAAAAUUUUAAACAAAAAACUAUUCGUGGGAAUUUCGAGCAGAUUCUUUGUUUUAAUUACUAAAGGGCUCAUUCAUUUUCUCCUUUUGCGUUUUCGCUAUUCGAUGGAUAAGAUGAGAAUAAAGCGAACUUUCAAUCUUUCCUUUCUGGUUUUAUUACUGUUCCAUGAUGUGAUCGAUGGAUACCAUUUUCGUGGCGGUAUUAUUUCAUGGCGCCCCUUAAAUGCUACUGCAUCCGGUACUACUGCUGACAUCCUCAUACAUCAACGAUAUUUUUGGUGGCGACAAUGGGGCGGUUUCGGUGGUUAUCGAUGUACAGAAGCAGAUGUUAAUAGUGGAACCCUUAUUCCAGUUAAUGAAGCCAUGAGAUGUUUAGUGAACUGUUCCAGUUCGAAUUAUCCCGGCGGUGGCCUUUCAACUAGGAUGAUUACUACAGAUUGUCAACAAAGUUCAAAAAUUGAUUCAUGGGCCGGUGAAAAGUAUGAUACAUUGUCAUUGCUUUUAACAACAUCAAUUACAAUUGGUUACCAGUCCAGUGCAUGGAUGUCUGCUCUUUUUAAAGGCGGCGUCGGAGAUUGGUCUAUUGUUAACCGGCUGAAUUUGGGCUUAAGACCUGAUGGUUAUAUCAACAGUAGUCCUGUCACAAAUACACUACCUGUAAUAAUCUAUCAAAUAAAUAUACCAAUCGUUCAUAUUGUGCAAAUGGCAGACAAUGAUGGCACUGAUAUAUUGGUAUGCCGUUGGUCGAAUGCAAAUGAUACGAACAACUACAAUAGAAUCGACGAAUGUGCUGGUAUUUGCUAUGGAUUACCUCCUGGAUAUGGAUUAACUGGUACCAAUUGCACAAUAACCUUCACUUUACCAACUAAUAACCUUUACUACGCAGUUGCUCUGCAAAUUGAAGAUUUCUACAAUUCUUUGUCAAGAAAUCCAAUGAGUUCUGUUCCAAUACAAUUCUUAUUUUAUGGAGACAUACUUUCCAGUAGCUGUAAACGUCCUUCAAUCAUCGGUGUUCGUCCUAACAGAGCUUGUAUUGGAGUUCCUUACGAUGUUCAAUUGAAUGAGACUGUCAUUGUACAAACGUAUUGUCCUAGUCAAACAAUCGUUGACUUCAUCACUGCUUCACCAUAUGGAAUGACACAUAGUGGCAUCAGCAAUCCGAGUGCUUAUACAUGGGUUAUGACAUUGACAUGGAAACCUGUUGCACUUCAGGCCGGUCCUCAAAGUUUUUGUGCUGCUGCUCUCGAUAAUAAUAAUCUACAAUCUGAUCCAUGGUGUAUUACAUAUCUAGUUGGUUACGAUUCGCCAGAAAUACGUCGUCCUGAAGUUGUUCAAGGAACAGCAAGUCCAGUCGGCACCGUCUUCCAAAAUCAUUCCAUGUUUUUUAUACAAGCAAAAGGUGAAGUUGGUCGUCCAAAUCGUAAUGGGACAAACGUCUGUUUUCGUAAUUCAGCCACAAACAUAUCAGUUGUCUGUUACGAUGCUGGAUAUGCACCCAAUGUAGUUUAUACCGGAAAUACAAUUGUUAUUAUCACAAAUGUUACAUGGACACCUGGACAGUUUUACUAUAUCACAAUGGACAGUGGAUUUGCUAGUGGAAGUGUUUUCUGUCAUGCUGAAUCAGCACCCAUCACUGAUCCUACAUUUUGGCGAUACAAUAUCUGGGAUCCGGCUGUUUCAAGUACGACAACAACAACAACAACACCAUUUACAACUGCAACAGUCACCACAAAGCCAACAUCGACAACAAGUAUUAAUACUCUUUUGACAACAACUGGUAUUGUAGUAACAACAACAACUCCUCCUACAACAACUACAGCAGCACUCACAACUACUUCAUCUUCGACUACUGCUACAACAGUUUCAACUACUUCAGUUACAACAAGUGACGCUGUUGUUGUUAUCAAUCCACAAGAUCUGGUAUGA